AUGGCGCUCGCCACGGUUCUUAACCCGGACUUUCUAAAGUCGGUUCGCGACUUCUGGUACGAGCACCUGCCGGGCGACGACGACCUCGUCAUGCCCGGUCAGGUCGCCUACCAGCGCUGGUACGCCGGCGGUGCCGAGUUUGACCGGGCCUGCGUAUCCCGUUUCGAGCCCGCCCUGGACGCCAUCCGCGCCUCCGGCCUCGACGGCGCCGGCCUCGUACGCGCCGUCCACCCUGCGUCGCCCGUCGACUGGCUCGGGCUCGUGCUCCUCCUCGACCAGAUCCCGCGCAACUGCUACCGCGGCCCAUCCUCCCGCCUCGUCUUCACCGUCUUCGACCCGCUCGCCCUCGCCGUGGCCCGCGCCGCCCUGCCGGCGGCCCUCGCGGCGCCCGAGAUCCGCUGGCAGCUCGCGCAGCGCGUCUGGUUCGCGCUGCCGUUCGAGCACGCCGAGGACGCGGCCGCGCACGAGGAAUGCCGCGCGCAGUGCGAGGCGCUGGCGCAGGACGUCGAGGAUCUGCUGGCCGAGGGCGAGGAGGCGGGGGACGAGUACAGGCGGCGGGUGUGGAGGGUGGCGCGCAAGGAUCCGGGGGCGGCGCGCGCGCUGGCCCGCGCGCAGGUGGACUUUGCAAAGCGUCACGAAGAUAUCAUAGUGCGAUUCGGGCGCUAUCCGCACCGCAAUGAGCCGCUGGGGAGGGAGACGACGGCGGAGGAGAGGGCGUUUCUGGAGGGCGGCGGCGACACGUUUCAGCAGAAAUAG